ACAACGGUUAAUGAUGCUAAAAUAUUUCCAUUCAUGGCUGCUAUAUUGAAAAAAUCUAAAUUCAUCAGUGCCGGUGCUUUGAUCGAUGAAAGCUGGGUGCUGACGGGUGCUGACUCACUAUUCCUAAUAAGAGAAUCUUCUAGAAUGAUUCGGGUGCGACUUGGCAGCGUUAAUUACAGAAAAGGUGGAUUUGUGACUGCUAUUAAAUUCUUCGAAAUUCAUCCACAUUUUGAUGACAGCAAGCCAUUGUUCGACGUAGCUCUCAUAAAACUACCGAAUCCAGUAAAAUUGACUCCCAACAUGAAUCCUAUCAGACUUCAGAGGAAGCCAAGACAUGUGGCUGCAACGCACUUCAUUGUUGCGUCAUGGCCAAUUAUGACGAACUGGAAUCAAACCAACAUGCACCGAGACUCAAUGGACCUGAACAAGCAUCGGAUUCUGACAGUGUCUCACUUACAUCCGACGGACCCUGAGCAGUGUAUGGAGGAACUGGAUAUGUUUGUACCCGACCAUAAUAAUACGAGAGCCAUAAUGUGCUUGGACCCAUUUAUUGGAAGUGAUCCUUGUCAGAGAGAAAUUGGCGCGCCAGUUGUCCUAAACGGUGUACUCUGGGGAAUCAUAUCUUCGUGGAAAUCAGAAGACUGUGAUGUGGAAGGUGGGCCGUCCUUUGUGACCCUGGUUUCAGCUAUCGACGUCAGUACCUGGAUACAUUCAACUAUGCAUGCAAAGAAAUGGAAUAAGAAACAUGUUAUAAUUGAUUACGAAGAUAAUUACAUUUGA